AGUUUUAGUUCGAAUUUCGAAUGUUUACAUUCAGUUUUAUUCAAAUUACCCAAAUAUUUAAUUUUAGUGAAUUUUAACGUAGAUAUGGCAAGUAGCUAUGAAGUUCCAAAUUGGGCAGGUAAACCUCCAUCAGGACUGCAUUUGGAUAUUUAUAAAGAUGAUAAAUUCGUACAAAAAAUCAUGAUUGAUGAAAAAAAGUGUUAUCUCUUUGGACGAAAUCCUGAGCUGAAUGACUUCCGAAUCGAUCAUUCAAGCUGCUCACGAAUACAUGCUGCUCUCGUUUAUCAUAAAUUUCUUAAUUUAACUUAUCUUGUUGAUCUUAAUUCAACGCAUGGUACUUUUAUUGGAUCAAUACGAUUGGAAUCACAGAAGCCGACUGUUGUACAGAUCAACUCUAAAUUCCAUUUUGGAGCAAGUACGAGAUAUUACACUUUACGUGAACGAAUCAAAACCCAGAAUAUAGUUGAAGAUCUUCCGAGUGAAAUUGGUAACUUGCCAGAAUCACAGGAUGACGUUGAUAACUUGACUGAAUAUAAUACAGCUAAUAACAGAAAGAUUUCUACGUUAGGAAUCAGUGAAGCAAUUACUGUAAAGAAAGGUGCAAAACGAAAGCGAGUUCAUUUUAAUGAAGAAGAAAUUGUCAUUAAUCCAGAAGACAUUGAUCCAUCGGUCGGAAAGUUCCGAAAUCUUGUACAAUCGACGGUGAUUCCAGUAAGCAAUAAAAGGAUGCGCCUGGAAAGCACUGGAUCUUUUUUCUCAUCUCCACCAAAUCAAUAUGCAGAGCAUAAGCAUAUUUUACAUCAUCCUAUAAUGCAUUCAGCACCAAAUUUAUAUGCUGGAUUGCCGUCAACUUCAAACGAUGGAGAGAAGAUGGACGAGUCUUAUGGACUUUAUGCCUCAAAAUUCAUGCCUAGCUUCCCAAAUCCUGCUCCUGAGAUAGACACGAAAGCAGCAUCCGCGUCAUUAAGUCAAGUACAAUUUAAGAAUCAAGAUGAGGAAAUGCAGGAUAGUGAGCACGAGCCAAAAAAGAAAAAGUAUGCAAAAGAGACUUGGUAUGGACCAAAGAAGGCACCAAAGGCAUUUGGAGAUAUUUAA